CAAAGCUGCCCAGGGCCAGAUUAGACAGCCUCUGAGACUGCCCCUAAACUGAGAAAAGGGUAACGAAUAACAGGAGGAAAGAAAACUCUCCAGAUUAAGGAAGACAAAACCUGUGUGCGAAGGAAAGGUGAUGAACCAACAGUAAGAAACAGUCCCAGGGAGGUGUGUAUGGAUCACACAGGGGAACCGACUGCACCUCUAAACUGAGAGACAGCUGUGCCACCUGACACAGUGAGUAUUGCACAUAAUAACUAAUUAAUAAUAAUAAUAAUAACAUUUAAUAAUAACCCAUUUUAUGCAGCGUUAAGAGAGACUGACACAGCCGGGCAAUCUGAAAGAGACUGCCAAAAUUAUUCAGCAAAAUGACAAAUGUAACAUUCAGGAUAAAAUAUUAACAGUUGAAUUGGGGAAUUUUUCCAGAUCAGCUAUUUUGGCCUAGAUUUUGCCGCUUGGUUUGUAAGAAUCUACAAUUUACCACUGAAUUAGCCCGAGUGUGUAGCGCAGGGUGGUCUAAAGGUAAACCUUUAGCUUUUAAUGAACUUUGAUUUUUUUUUUUUAUAUACUUUAUCAGUCUUAAACCUGCCAAACAAUUAUGGUAUUUAUAGUUAGUCAAAAGCCAAGGGUCAAAUACUUGGCCAGCCCUGGUAUAGCUUAGUCUACAAUUCAGGGUUCUCCAAACUCUGUCCCUCCAAAUAUUGGUGAACUACAACUCCCAUGACUCUCAAAGAAUCAUGGGAUUUGUAGUUCAGCAACAUCUGAGAGGCCAUUAAACCCUGCUCAAGAUCAUUAUUCGACUAGCACAGCAAAUGUUUGUGAACUACAUUUCCCAUGAUGCUCAGCCAGCCUUGUGCCCUUGUCUGUGACUGGCCGAUAGUUAUGCUGAACUGGUGGAUGGAAGCCAGCUGCCAAAAUAUGUUCCAAGUGGCACAACUGGUGGAUGUGCCAUCACGUUCUGCAUUUCCGUGUUUAGCACAGAGGAGACAAGGGAGAUGAGCUGAGGAGAGAGGCAGGGAGAGACACGGGCAGGUUGUGAGGAUGGAGAGCAGAGACCGGGGACGAGAGAGAGAUAAGAGGGUGUGCAGAGCAAGGUGUGCCAGAUACACACAUUACCAAGAUAAAAGGACUGGCAGCAGCCGGGCAAACAUGAGAAAGUGCCCGCAUUAACUCACAUGGGAGGACACAGAGCGAGACGUGUGAAUGGAAAAUGAUUUAUUCAUUAACCCAAUGAGUGCUUGUAGGGACUAUGUGUGUUGAUCACUCAUUAAUUUAGUACUAGAGCUUCUCACUGUCAUUUCGUGCCUUAUUUACCUAAUCCAAGUUUGGUAGUCAAUACUAAGUGGCAUAGUGAAUUCCCAAGUGACAAAGCCCUGGGGGGUCUGCUGUGACUGUAAUCUUGCCCUCCUUUCCUUGAAUGACCAAGAUAAUUAACCGUUAGAAUGCCAUAGAGAUGAACAACACAUUACAAUGCUUUCCUCAGCUCUACCACUCAAAUGGCUAAGGUGUCACACCAAUUUAAUUUAAUUAAAAACAAAAAUGAGGAUCUUUAAAUGAGUAACAGAGUGAUAGAAUGUAACCGUGCACUGUUCACCUACACAUGAAGAGUUAACACAAAGGUGGUUCUAAACUCUUACAUUUAACCCCGAAAAGACCAAUGAUAUUUCAUGCUGUCAUCCCAUGGUCCCUGUGCGAGAGCCCUGCUUAUUUAUCAUAGAUCUACACAGGCCUAAUGUUGGGAAGUGAGUCAGGGCCAUACCAUUUCGAUUGAAUUACUUCCAUCAUUGAUUAAGUGGCCAAUACCCACGGCAGACUCAUAAUAACCAGUGUAGAAGCAGAAACCAUGAUAAAGUCCAAAAAGCUGCAAAAAAAUAUAUAUUUCUUUUAGAUUAAAAAUAAGGAUUUUAAUAUUUUUCUUGCACAUCCACUCCAAACACCAUUAAUUCUGGUCGCAUACUUAACAUAGUGUUAAGGUAUAUAUGGCAGAUUAGUCGCUCACACUUCACCUGCUUUAACCUUAUUGUGACUCAUGUGUUUUUUAAUAAGCCGUGCACUGUCUUGGAAUGUCCUGUCAUUUCAGUAAGAGACUUCUUUCUAUAUAGCUGUGUGUGGGCAAACCCUGGCAUUGCAGAUGUUGGUACAUUUCACUAUGAUGACCAACAUGUCUUGAUGUCCUAGACAUCUUUUCAGUUUACAAAAAUAUGCAGUGUCACAGCUUGCAAUCUUGCCCAGUCAUGUGAGCAAUGAUACAGUGCUGCCUGGGGAACUGUAAUUGGGCUAAUCCCAAACACACGCUGGUAUUUUCACUUCGACUACCCUCUGAAUAAGGGUGUACUGUAAGUACUGUUAAAUAAAAUAAAGAAGUUUUGCAUACCACCCAAGUGUCCCUAUUUAGAAGGGACAGUCCCAAUUUUGAUACCAAAUCCUUCUGUCCCUCUUUUCUAUCCUAAUAUACAUCUUUUCUAGAAACUCCAUAUUGUUGGUGUGUCUGAGUGUAUAACACAGCUCCACAGCAAUAAUACUCCCAGUAAUGUGUCUUUAAACUACAAUAAAUGGGUUUAGAAAUCACUCUGCAAAUGAGACACAUCGUUCUUCGUCCAAAUUAAAUUUUGAUUGCAUAAAUUGUUAUUAUAUCACCUAAAAUGGCUCAGACUGUCCCAACUAAAAUGUCCCUCAGUCCAUUUGAAAUGUUAAGAAGUAUGACAUGGUAUAAAUAUGAAAUAUAGUAUAGGUUAUAAUAUUGGCCAUAAAUCUGGAGGACACUGUAUGAUCAGAAAACUUGCAGUAUAUAAAAGCUAGUCAUUGUUAUGUAAUAGGAGUGUGAUAUCUUAAAAAUAUUAUACAUGUAACUUUCUCUACUGAAUUGUACAAAUCUAUAAACAAUGGAAAUCAAAUUCUGCAGAUUGAUAUUUAGCAAAAUAUUGAUGCUGAAUAAAUCAGAAAUGUGCAGACAAAUUGUGUGACAAACUUUUUUUCUAUUAAAUUAGAAUUAAUUUUUAUUUUCUACACUGUCUUGCUGAUCUUCAAACAAAUCCAUAAUUUACAGGCUUAUUGGGUUCGAAUCACCAACCUAAGCUCGAACAUAUUGCAGAGACCCCUGCGGUUGGACCCCUGGGCCUGCCUCCUCUCCAGGCCAACAGAUGGCCUCCCACGCCCAGAGCAACAACUGUUAAACAUGAUUUACCUGGCGGCCCGAAGGGCACUAGCGCAGAAAUGGCUCUGCCCGGAAAUGCCCCCCAUGGCACUAGUGAUAGCUAAGAUAAAGGAUAACUACCAAAUGGACAGGUUAACCUCCCUGGUCAGGCACACCACCCAAAAAUUUGGCAGGACAUGGGAAUUAUGGGAACAAUACCAGGAGAAUAGGGAGCAUGGACAGGGGAACCGAACACACACUCAGGGCUAAAGACCAAAACGCACACGAUGAUCCUCGUCCGAGCUGUGGAAGCCGACACGCCAAUUCACAGUAUCACAGAUCACAACAUUUAAAAAGUUUUGGUUAAUGUAUGACUUUUUCAUGUUCAUGCUCGUUAUGUUACCUGUAGCUACCAAUUGUACCAAUUGCAGUUUAACCUACUACGUUAUGCCUGCAUAAGGAUGCCUAUUGUUUUCAACGCUUAGUCAGCUUUGACUAACAGGUCCCCUACUCUACAUUAGUUCUAAAACGUGUAGUCUGUGGGCAACGUUGACCAACUAUCAUAUUAUGUCGUUUCAUGCAUUUUUGUUUCUUACCUCAUAACUACUUAUGUUUCAAACUAGUCUUUAUGUCAGUAUGAAUAUAUAUAAAAAAUGUGCAUUGUGUUCCCAUGCCAUGCCUUACCAAAUCGAUGUUCAUUAUUAUAUUGUGUGUACAUGCUGUUGGGGCAUGGCAAUGCAUAUGUAACUGCUUAUUCUUUAUGCACUCAAAAAUAAAGAAUUAAAAAAAAAAAAUAAAAAAAAAUUCCAUAAUUAGUUCAUUCACAUUUUUUUUUAAAUUCUUGAAUUUUCGGGCAUGGAUGAUACAGAUAACAUUUAGGCUAGCAAUGCCACAACAGCUGUUGCCAGAGUUUUGAGAGACAAAGAAUUACAAUUGCAUGGCAUGAAUAACUGUGCACAUUUUUGCAAUAAAAGACAAGAAACAGUACAGUAGUAUGUUGUAAGUCAUUGUGUGUGCUUGAGCGGUUAUAUAGCUUAACACCUGACUGUGCUAUAGUUAAUUCGUUUUUCUCACAUUUCUUUAAAAAAAAAAAAAUCAGCGGUCUAUAAAUUACUUUUUGAAGCCCUGGGCUUGACCACUAAAUAUGGCCUUUUAUCCCCAAUCACUACGUUUAACGCCCCCUUAGGCUGAAUCUGCGCAGUCAUUUCAUAUCGCUACUUAUAACAAUCAAUACUAUUUCUCCAGCAAUCAGUAGUUGCAUAUUCUCCCCCAAUACAAUUUCUCCUUCUUAGUUAUUGAUUCAGCAUUCCAUUGCGCCCCCUGGCACUGCCAGUUACUAGUCAGUCAGCUCUGCACAUUCAGUGGUCUUUUUUUAUGUCCUCACAAAAUGUGGACGGCUCUGUCAUAUCUAGAAUAAACUGAAAAAAUUGAUUAUUUUUGUAGUUUUCACUGCCCUGACCAUUAACCUCACCAUCCCUACUCCCUUGAAUGCAAUUCAUUGCUGCCCCUUCUUAGGAAACUCAUUGCAUACCCACCCACCUAGCUAAUCAUUUUUAAGACACCUUCCCCUAGGAACUGGUUCUAUAAGCCAUGGCAAGUAACCUUUGGACCAGCCCAAGAAUAUAAUCAUGCCCAUCCUAAAAAUAAAAUGUCCCCUUUUCCUUCAAUCAAUACUAUAUCUCUUUCCGCUUGGAAUCAAUACUAAACCCCCCUCCCUAGGAAACAGUGCUCUAUUAUCAAUACUAUACCCCACCCUAGCAAACAAGGCAAUAAGCGCCUCCAAGAGUAUUUAGUACUAUACCCCACCCUACAAUACUGUAGCCCUUCCCAGCAAUCUCUCGUAUGCGCUUGCAAUCAGAGAGUGCAUUGAUUUCUAUACCCUAUCAAUGCUAUAUCUCCCUCCCUAGCAGAAAUUACUACCCCCAGUGCCCCCCCUUAGGAAUAAUUACUUUAUCUGCCUACAUAGUAAUCAAUACUAUAUCGUCCUUCCUAGCAAAAAAUACUAACCCCCACACCCUAACAAUCUCUGAAUGUCACCCCCAGUAAGGAAUUUAACAUCCAUGUUCUCUAUACUUAGAGAUCAAUUCUGUAUCCCUUCCCUGUAAAGCAAUUCCGUGUUGAGUAAUUCAGCCUGCUGAUCCAGAGAGAAAUCCCACGGCUAUCUUAAAGUCCAGAAGGAUUUCUUUUUUCUCAUUUUGUAGCAAAAUCAGAAAGCGUUUCGAACUAGAGUUAUCGCCUUCUUUACGAUUAGCAGCAGUAACACAGACAUGUAGAAAGCUGAAUGUUAUUGAGUUUUUUUUAGGUACUUAUUACUAUGUGACUACAUUUGUUAUACAGACCCCUAAGAAUGCCAUUCACCCCAUCCCUGCAAUCGAUUCCAUGCCCACCCUUUCAAGUAACCGCAAGCCAUCAACUCAAUGCCCUUGAUCUAAAGUCACUAGACGAUAACAACAUGCUGCCCACAAAUCUCUAAAUCUAGAGUAUGGACAAACUAGUUUUAAAACCAGAAAGUGAAAUUAAUCAUUAAUAUUGCUGCUCCCAAGGCUCAGACCAUAGCAUGUCACCAGACCUGGCCCUUUGUUUUAAACAACAAUCGAAACACGGAAGAUAUUUUCUCGUAAAAUGCAUUUUGAACAUAUUUAACAUUUCUGUAAUGGCUCGUCUGCAAAUUAUGAAAUAAAAAAGAAAUACAGAUAAACAAAAGGCCAGAGAAUGCUACGCAAGGAGUUUAUUCACCAAACUGCAAUUUACAGUGAAUUUAAAAAUGUAUUUUUUUUUAUUUUAUUUUGUUACAUAAAAGGACUUGUGUUAGAAAAACUUGCUGUCCCAUUGUCCAGUGAAUUCUGUUGCAUGUGUUUUUUUGUUUUGUUGUUCAUAGAUAGGAGAUAAAAUAUUAGAUGUUACCGAACUGCUAGAUCUGUCUGGUUAUAGUAGAAACUUAAACAGUUCAAAAGGUAUCUGAUACCAGCAAAUUAGAUAAUUAACUAGCUUUUAGAUUGUUUUACAGAAUAUCAUAUUUUGGUGGUUUCCCAAGACAGGUAAUCUGGAAUUAUUUACAAGAGGUAAAAUGUUUAUUUUCUAUAGCCAAGACCUAAUUCUUUUGUUUGUUCCUCUUCUCUCCAUCCAGAUCUCUGAUGAUAUCCUUUGCACCAUGUCUGAGGAACCUCCCAAUCAAGGGUCUGAUGGAGAGAGCCUCUUUGAGUGUAUAAUCUGCUUCACUACAUAUGAUACUCUCUUCCACCUCCCAAAGAACCUCUCCUGUGGCCAUGUUUUCUGCCUUGAAUGCCUCUCUCGGAUCACUGUGGGGUCAACCCAACCUGAAACGCUUUCAUGCCCCAUAUGCCGACUGCCUACCUCGUUACAAUCCAAAAAGGGUCCACCAGCCCUCUCCACAGAUGAAGACGUGUUGAAAAAAAUUAGUAAAGCAACAAGCUGCCCAAUUCCUUCACUGAGAUUUAGCAGAAAACGUGGACUUUUAUACGUACCAAAGACUAACUCUCUCCAGCUCAGCACUGUCAGCCUAAGUGUGGACUUGGGACGCCCUCCACCUGACCCACGAUCACCUAGAAACCUGGUGUCUAUGUUAAGGUCGGCUGGUUGCAUCUUCUAUGGCUCUAUAGCUAUGGCUGUGUUUCUGACGAUCGCACUUGUCUUAGCUGGUGUGUACAUCUUUUAUCUGGUUCCCUGGAAUAAUAAAAAUGGGACUUCUUUAGGAACUGGGAAUGUCAAUUUAACGGGAAUGAUGAAUGUUACUUCUGUCAACCAGGGUGGUCACUAAGGAAAAGGCCCUUCUGAUUUACAUGGUACCCGGUUUUCUUAGUCAACUAAAGGACAGUCUAAUCUGACAUGUUGGAAGAAAGUAGGUGACAGUCACUGGACAAUGGCAUCCACACCGAAUUGCACGCACUCAUUAGAGAGCAUGUCUCAGGAGAUUAAAGUCUGUCUUUAAAAAAAAAAAAAAAAGUCUGCUUUAUCCCCAGAAGGAAUUGAUUCUUAAUGCAAAGCGGUAUGACUAACUCGGUGAGCACUCUCACAUUUUCAUUUCUCUGGCUUUCAUUGGGGACUUUGAGAUAUAUAAAUGUCAGUAGAAACAUUUGCUUAUUCUGUAAAACAGUUCUGAGUGAUCCAGAAAUCUCUGUCUUGUACAUUUGUAACCUGAAAAGACUUGUUAGAGGACAAUAAUAUAAAAACUAAUAUACAGUCAAAUCAUGCUGUAGCCAACAUUUCCUCACCUAGGAAAGGUGAUGUAAAAGAUUGUGUUUUAAGAAGCAGUCAGACAUGUUCUCGUUUUAUUCACAAACCGAUGAUUUUUUUUUAUUAAAUGAAAUGGGUUUUUUGAUUAACAUGGUAUAUUUAGAUCUCCAUCUCUUGGAGUCCGUUUGAUAGUAUCAGCAGACAUAAGUAAAUUACUUUUUGGGUGCUUCUCUUAGCAGAGCCGGCAUCUUUAAGGCAUCUUUGGCCAGAAGCUCUGGCCAAAUGCUGUCUAGGUAAUAUGAGCUUGUUUCAGCCAUCCAUAUUGGGCAUGGUCUUUAAUGUUACUUUCAAUCAAAUAAAAUGUAAAGAUAGCCACCACCAUGGAGCAAGAUUAUGUUGGGAAACUCAAUGAAAACGGAAAUAUACUUCGAUGUAUGGAUUGCAAAAUAAUACAAAAGAGGUUGUAUGACAUGGAGUCUUUUUUAUUUUCAAUAAUAAUGAAAAGAUGAGUGGCUUUCUUUCAUGUGAUUAGCCAGAAAGAGUAUGAGAAAAAGAUGGAAUAAAAAAAAUUAAGAAACCUUUAUACAAGCAUGUGCCAUAUUAUAUCGAGAAACCUUUGUACAAGCAUGGGUCAUAUGACCAGGAACUGUGCCAAAGUGAAAAUACAUACACCUUUUUACAUUGAUCAAACACGAAGAGGAGACUUCCUUCAGCAUUAAGGAAUAUUUUAAUUUCCUUUAAAUUCCAACAACAUACAUUUCAUAUUUUUCUUGCAUUACCUCUUUCUUUAUCAGUUGACAAACGUGGCAACAGCUAUCAGAGAUCAAUGAGUCAAUAGACGCAGAGGAAAGAGUACAAUAAAUAACUAAACAAAUACACUAUUUCACCCAAAUCCCUUUCAACGGCUCUGGCUGCGCAGUUGCAUUCAUUAAAUAGUGACUCAGGCAGACGAGUUAGGAAAAUAGUCUGUUUUUUGCAAAGUACUUCACCAACUCAGACACCCUUUCAGUUAGCGUUUCUUUAUUCUAUUUACACACAAAUAUGCAACAUUUACUUUAUUUUACUUUAUUUACGAAAGAAGUCUAAGGGCGCUCUUGAACAAUUAAACUGUCCACUUCUUCAAAUGUUAAAUUGUGCUGCGAUGAAUAUGGUGUCAGGAUUUCCCGGACACCAUCCAACUGUGAUCUGUCAAACCAUUUACAAACUUGUCUGCUUGUACCAGUUAAAAUUUACAAACAGUUUGACACUUCCUUUGUACUGGGAGCAGCCCAUAGCCCUUCUAGUCCUUCCAGUCAGGGUUGAUAUGACAAAGCAAAGUUCAUACGUCUUCAUCAUAAUACCAACUCCUACAGAGUGCAGGCAUUUUCAUUGGCUGAUAGUUCUAUAUUGAUGCCAAUGAAUACCUGGUACAAGUUGGUAUGAUAGGAAAUUAAGCUUCCAAUUUAUCACAGCAGUUUAGAUCCGAAGAACUGAAAGCCUCCAAAAGAGACUGGUAUAAAUCAAGCCAUUGGUAUGUAGUUUGGCCAAUAACCAUUGGAUAAUUUUAUAACUAUUAGAGCAAGCUAGUGGUUAGGGUGCUUAAAGUGGCCCCUAAUAUGUUUCAUACAUGGUUGGAAAAAACAUGAAUAGUGCUGCCAAGGAUGUGAAAAAUUCACAUGUUGCCUGAGUAAAUCAUUGACUACUGAGAUCCAACAGAAAGUGUUAAUUGCAUGGCAGUAAUAUUUUCCUCACUCAUACUCAUUCAGUAUACCCUAGCCUAGAGUUACAUUCAGGGAUACAGCUUGUUAUCACUGUGCUCUAACAGUUUGACUGAAAUCUGAUCUCCCCUGUGUGAAGCUUAGGUUGCUGGCAUUAGAUCUCACACAAGGAAAUCCGGACACCAAAUUAAUUUAAUCUCUUAAAGUUAAUUAAUGACAUGUGGACAAAAUACAACACCAAUGGGAAAUGUGUCCCAGGGAAAGGCACACAGUGGUACACCUGCUUUUUAAAUAAUACAUUUUUAAAAAUGAACAUCUACAUGUUUAAGGGAAGUGAAACCAAAAGCUAAUCUGUUAUUAUGUUUAUAAAUGUAUGUCUUGUCUACUGAAGCACGUUAUGAAUCAAAUUAGGAUGAAGGCAGCCAUCUUGAAAAUGAUGAUGGAUAUAAUCUGAUUUUCCACAUGGUCCACUUCUAAUAAAUACAUUUUCUAAAGGAUACAACCAAAGUGACAUUGCGAAUGACUGUAAUCCACCGUGGUAUAUGUAUCCUAUAUAGUUAUUAUAUCUUAUAAAGACAGAAUAAUUAAUUGCUGGUUACUAAAUGACAGCCCGUCCGUCAUGGUCUGAGUUUUUGGUUAUACUAUAAAAUAUAACCAUUGGUCUAAAAAUAAUAAAACGAAAUAAGCAGGCUUGUUGAAAACAAUCAAUAAAAUUCUUAUAUUGUUUAUUUAUUGCAACAGUCAAUCACAGCUUAAAAAAACAACUUGUGAGAGAUGCACUGAUAUAUAGACAAUGAUCCCUGAGGGAAGCAGGUUGAGGCGGGGGAUUUAGUGGGGGCUGUACUGACAGCUUCAGGAACAGUGAAAGUGACAAUAAUUGUAGAAAGGAGAUACCCCAGCAGUAUAUCGAGUUUAUAGUCAGAGAGACAGGGGAAUACUAGUGGAAUUUGGGUUUUAGUGCAACAACAAAUACCAGCAAAAAAAAAUGGAGUUUUAAGUGAUUCAAUGGAAAAAAUAAUAUAAAGUGCUAAACUGAAUGAGACAUUCAGAACUGGGAGCAAGAAAGAGGCUGAGCAAUCAACAGAAUGAAGGUAGACAGACAGAUGGACAGGAAGACAAAAUAGUAAAAAGUAUAACAGACAAGAGACUGGCAUUAGUGGCAAAAAUAGAAAGCAAAAGAAAAGACAGACAGAUAGACGCAAUGAGACAUUCAGGAUGAGGUGAAUGAGAGGCCACACAGUGUAUUUACAGCUAUGUCGAGUAAGAGAGUGCUCUUGUAGCUCACGCGUUUUCAUCCUACUUGUAUAGGAGGUGCACUCGGCUCCCAUCACAACUGUUCCUCCCCAGCUUGUCCCCUCCCUCAGCUACAAGGCAUCUAGCAAGAGGGAGGCCUGGCUGGUAAAGAGAAGAAACUGCCCCAGAGGAGUUUGGGUAGUGAUUGUCCGAACAGUUAUCUCGGGUUGCGACAGACGGUGUUCUCCGAGACCGCAACUGUUGUCGAAGUUCCAUAACCCGCUCUUCUUUCUGAAAAGAGAAAGCAGGAGAGAAAGAGAGAAGCCAGAAGCAGGAAAGGUGUAAGUGAGAAAGUGAGGUGAGAUGGCAGAGAUAGAAAGGAAAGGGGGUAAAAAGAGAAAGUAUUCUGAAAAGGCUGAACUGUAGCGUUGGUGAAAAAACAAACAAAAAAACUCUACCAGAACAUAGUUGAUACGGAAUGGGUAACCUGUAGCCACCAGCUGUUGUCCGACUACAAUUCCAUUACCAUCAAGCUGUAGAAGACACCUGGAAGGAGGCAGGUUCACCUAUUCGAGUCAUACAGAAAUCUAUCAUUUGUGAACUUACCUCAGCAAUGAUCCUCCCCAGCUCUUGGUUCUCCCUUUCCAGCAGACGAGACUUCUCCUCCUCAUUGUUAUUAGUGGAAGAGCCAGUCUUGAGAGUGUCCUGCUGCUCAGACUGCCACUCUCCACGGGUAAUGAGACGUCUCAUCUGAAAACAAUUAGGCGGUAAAGCUU